GUCACGAACAGACCGAUAUUUAGCGGUUUGGCGUCAUCCUACCAUUUCUUAUUUCUAUACGUUCCAUUCUAUUAUGGUGGCAUGUUAUGAACAAUUGAUGCAUUUUAUUUGUUAUUUUCUUCUAAUCAUUCAUUUACAAUCAUAUUAUCGAUAAACGUGAUUUGAGUUAUGAAAGUAAUGGUGCUACCUCAAAUUAUUCAUUAAAUUAUUCCAAUCUCAAGCUUGUAAUCUAUAAUGUUGCCAUCAGAGUAUAUGGAGUUAAAGCAUAUUGAUAAGCUAUUACAAUGUGGAAUAUGUUAUGAGUAUAUGGAUACUAGUGUGAUAACUUCAUGUUCCCACAAUUAUUGCUCUCUGUGCAUUAGAAAAUACUUACAUUAUAAAACACAAUGUCCAAUUUGUUUUGAAGAAACCUUUGAAAAAGAUUUACGAACAAACAAGCUUUUGGAUGAAAUCAUUAUUCAUUAUUUGAAUUUUAAAGAGAAACUUGAAAAGAAAUUUUAUCAGAAAGACGUAUUGACUGUGGAAAAUAAAAACUGUGAAAUUUUAUAUUCUUCAAGUAAUUUUGAGUGUAAGAAAGAACAAAAUGUCCCUGAUACAAAUAAAAUAUUGGAUAAAAGUUUUGAUAGUCCAACAUCCAUGGCUAGUAAUACUACACCUCGUGGACAAAAGGAAUAUCAGAAUAAUGUAUCUACUCCUAGCACCAGUACAGAAUUCAGGAUACCUUCAAUAUUUACACCAAAGAGAAAAGGCAUUCAAAAUGAAGAAACUUAUCAGCCAGUUACAUGUCCAGUGUGCAAAGUAGAUGUGCCUCAAAAUAAUAUAAACAAACAUUUAGAUGAUUGUUUAAAAAGGGAGAAUAUAAAGAAUCAACCUAAAAAAAGUGAGCCAAAACGUAAACCACUUCCAAAAUUAGUAUUAAGUUUAAUGAAAGAUAAUGUGAUAAAAAAAAGAUUAAAAGAAUUAGGCUUAUCAUCUCAAGGAGAUAGAAAAGCAUUAGAAAGCAGAUUACAAAGAUACAUAAUUCUUUACAAUGCAGAAUGCGAUAAAAUAAAUCCUAGACCUGUAUCAGAAUUAAUUAAACAGUGUGAAGAAGAAGAAAAUUUGGAGAAGAAAGUACAAAAACCAUCAAAUAGAUUGAAUGUCAAUAGAAAUACAGAACAUAAUGUUAUAGAACAACAGAGGAAAAAAUUUGUAAUGACUGUAAAUAAGAAUAGUUUUGAUCAACUAAUUAUGAAUAUGAAAUCUCCUAAUAAAUUACGAAAAUUAUCCGUAAGACGUAAUAUACUAAGCAAAGAAAAUACUGAUGUUCCAUAUGAAGAUUGUAUUACAGAAAGCAUUUCAACUAUUAGAGAUAACGAGAAAAGCAGUGUUCUAGCGUUGAAUUCUUAUAUUGAAGAUUCGCAUUCAAAUGCAUCUUGUUCUAACAUAAAUCCUAUAGAUUUUUUAACAAUGGAAUUAUCUACCUCAUCUAAUGAUUCCAAUGAUCAAUAUGCUUCCAAUUAUGUCUCAAAUUAUUCAUGUAAAACCAAAUCGGUUUUAUCUGAUUCUAUUGUAACAAUAGAAAAUGCAAAGAGUGAAGAACUAUUAUUUCCCGAAAAGACCAUAAUACAUGAAGAAAUAACUUUUAAUAAUCAGUCAAAAGAAUGUAACGCUUCAGAAAAUGGAAUGGAUGUAGAUAGCAAAGAGUCUGUUCCUCAGUUUAGAACUGAAUCAGAGAAUGAAAGAACAACUAAAUUGAAAAGAAGUCAAUAUAGUAGAAUGAACUCACAUGAGAAACGUGACGCAUAUGCCAAGUCUAAAGAUUUAUGGAAGAUGUGGAAGAAGAAACGCAAUGAAGAAAUAAAUUCAGUAGAAGAUAUUGAGUAUGUUAUAGGAGACAGUGACGAUAGUGACAUUCAGGAUUAUGAAAGAUCAAAGCACGAACAAUUGCAUAACGUGAAAGAGAGUGCAUCAAAUCAGAAAGAAAACUUGAAAUCGUCGAAUGAAAAUAUAAAAUCUUGCACUCUUCAGAAGCAGGAUCAUGAAAUGGCAUUCACGUUAAGUGACAAAGAAAAAAUUGCAGAUAGAUCAAUGAAUACAAGGAAAUCACCUAUGUUUGGCCUCAGCGAAGCUAGAGGAUUUAACAAUGAAAAUUGCGAAGAUAAAAUGCAGGAUGAAGAAAAAUUGCAAAAUGAAAAGGAACCACAACAUGUAACUCGCAGUUAUAUGCGACGACAUUUGAAAAGUAAAAUUAUUAGUGAUAAAAAAAUUAACAACAGAAGUUGAAUCA